UGCUAACUGUUUACAUGGCAACAGACCGGAAAGCUGCCGUGAUUUAUGCAUUGUUCGCCGCUCGGCGCGUCCAGCCGCAUCAGGCAUGUUUAGUAAAGCUCUUUAGAGUGCCAUUAUUGUAAAGCGCGAGGUGUUAACGUGUCGGUAAGAUGGUUAUAUAACCUCGAAUGUGAAUUCUAGUCGCUGUCUUGUUUUUUUUUUUAACCGCUACGCGGAUGUCAUUAUGACUGAGGUGGGUGUGUGGAGAGCGCAGAUAAUAUUAUUAUUAUUAUUCUUAUAAUUAUGUGGUCGCAAUGCGCGCCCGCUCAGACUCAGAGCUCCCAGCACAGGGAGGACGAGCUUUUCUACACCAGGUGCAGGGCCGCCUACCUGUCCGUGUUCAAAUCCAGUUUAACGGACAUCACGAGCAAAGAGCAGCUUUGUGUGGUUUUACAACAGGCCGGAAGGAAUCCGUCUCAGCAGGCCAUCAAUAAUUACUGGACUCCGAGAACCACCAAACUGAACUUUGAUGACUUUUGCGAAAUCCUUAAGAAGGAAAGCGAGACGGAUGAGAGCGAGCUGCUGAAGACCUUCGGGAAGAUGGAUCCGCGUGGCAGCGGGUGUAUAUCACACGGCGACCUGUGCAGAGUCCUCACAUCAAGAGGUGAAAAGAUGAGCCCUGAGGAAUUGAAUGGGAUCUUUUCUUUAAGAGAAGUCAACAGCGAUGGGAAGUUGGACUACAUCAAGUUCUGCAGGCUGCUGGUGGCCACCGUGGAGCAGUGCCAGGCGGCGGCGGUGGAGAGGCUGGAGGCCGAUGCCCGGCAGAAGUGGCAGAACUUCGGAAGUCAGUCUGAGGGCUCGCCCAAGAGAUCUGUGCCGCAGACGUGCCCCCCGGUACCAGAGAUUCCCCAGAAAUCGGAGACUGAUGCCACAACGCGGAAAGAGACCAGGCCGUCUUCGCGACCCUCCUCCGCCCGCACUCGGAGGUCAUCCGUGUCCAACGCUGUCACCGUGGGAGGCAGCAGCGCGAAGAGCAGCAGACUGGUGGAGCCCAAGUCCCUGCAGGACUGGCACUGCAGCAGCUUGAAAGGCUGCUUCUUUCUGGAGGAGGACGGGGGGAUCGUGUCUCUGCAGUACCGGCUCCGCGUCCCCCAGGCGACCAGCGUCUUCCUUACCAUCCAGCCUCUGAACCUCAGUCAAGCGGACGAAAAGCCGUCUUCCUGGAUGAAUGUAGACACUGCUCUUUUUGUUGCGACCGCAAACGAAACAAAGGAAGACUUUAACUUUGUUUGCUGCACAGAGCUGCGGGACAAGGAGAAGUUUGGCUGGAAAGGAGAGCUGAGCGCUGGCACCUACUACAUCCUGCCCUUCACGACAGGCUGCAGGCUGAAAGGACAGAGGAAGCCGGUGGCAAAGGUGGCACAGCUGGUCUACAGGGGAGAGUCUGGAGAGCUGGUCCUCACUAAGGAGUUCCGAGCCGCGCUCUCGGACAUAUUUGAAAUUAUUGACCUGGACGGAAAUGGACUGCUCAGCCUGGAGGAGUACAAUUUCUUUGAGCAGAGGACCAGUGGGGAAAAGUGCGAUGAGGAUGCUUGGGCUAUCUGCAGAGAAAACUUUGAUACCAAGAGGAACGAGCUGACAAGGCAGGGCUUCAUGGAACUGAACCUGAUGGAAGCCAACGAUCGCGAGGGAGACCCCAGUGAUUUGUGGGUUACCCUGGAAUCCAUGGGCUAUAACAGAGCCCUGGAGAUGGUGGAGGCCUGCCCCUUCACGGUCAGCGUUUACACAGAGGCCUUCAAGCCCACUCUCCAGCCAGUGAGCCUGGAAUCGGGCCACAAGAUCCUCAACACAGCGCUGUGCCAGUCCGUCAUCGCUAAAGGAGAGGCUCGGCCCAUUAAAGGCCACCAGGCCGUGGUUGUGUACACCUACAGAAGCGAAGCUAGAAUUUCCUCUGUCAUCAGCAACAAGUCCAACCAGAAAGUGAUAGUCCAUGUAAACAACGAGCAGAGCAAGAACUGCACCAGCAGCAGAGGGAUGAAUGUGUUCGCUGUGGAGGUUCCUGCAAGAACCAAAAUGGUGUGCCAACACAUUAUGCCCACCAACGAGAAACAGGAGUGGAGCUACAGCUGCGUUGAAAGUAUUGUCAUGUAAAGCACAGAAGCUCUGUGAGGGGAAACACUUAAGUUACUACUGCAGUCUUUUGGCUGUUAGAGACAAACAGCCACAUGAAAAGAAGUAAGGUCUUGAAAAAGUACUUGUUAGUCUUAAUGUGUUUUUUUUUUUUUGUUUUUUUUUAUAAACUAGCCAUCAUUACAAGUACAUUCAGCACACAUAUAAUGGGGCCUGCACAAAGAAAGAUUGCUGCAACAGCCUACGAAAACAUGUACCCUUUUUUAAUACAACAGGCUUUUUAUUCAGUAAAAUACAAUUUUUGCCUGUUAUGUGAUCAUUUUACUUCCAUGGAUGGUGGGAAAACAGUUGAUACAAGAACACCAGUUGCCUUUGUUCUGUGUUAUUUUAGCCAGUAGGAGGUUUUUGAAAGGAACUUUUCAAUCCCAGUGCAAAGCAGUUGCUGAGCGACUGUCAGACUAGCUUGCACACUGGUACAAAAUCAUUCUGAGAGCACAACAGUCAUGUAAAAUGCAGGCAGUGAAAAUGGUUAAUAACAGAAAACCAGCUGUCUGCAUCACAUUGUUUUAGCAGAAAACAAGUCACUCUGUGGGCAGUUCCGUUGUUGCUCAGCUUUCAGGCUGUCAUGCAAACUGGUAUAAGGGCAUCUUGAUAAAAACAAAGAAAAAGAUUAAAACUGUGGUCUAUAAAAACACGUAAGAGACUUACUUUCAGUCCCUCUCUGUGUUUCCAAUACUGUUAUUUACAUUUAUUCAUUUUGCUGAUGCAUUUCUCCAAAGCAACUUACAAUGAC